AUGUCUAAGUUUUCUUUUGUUUACAGGGCAGAGGAGCCAACAGUAAUCGCAGUCUGGCUACUGACGCUCGAGGUGAUAACGACUCUGUUAAGGAUUAUUUUCGAGCUAGUUCGAGGCAUUUAUCUCUCAUUUGUACCACCUGCUCCGAAAGACGUUUCGGGAGAAAUUAUACUGAUAACAGGAGCCGGACAUGGCAUGGGCCGCGAAGUGGCGAUUAGGUUCGCCAAGCUGGGAGCUACCAUCGUAUGUGUAGACAUUAAUAAGGAGGGCAACCAGGAAACUGUAGACCUGAUCAAGGAAGCUAAGGGCACUGCUCACAGAUUCGAGGCAGACGUCACAGACCGCGAUGCAGUAUUCAAGCUAGCGCAACGUGUAACAAUCGAAGUCGGUGACGUGACAAUCCUGGUGAACAACGCGGGCAUCAUGCCCUGCAAGCCGCUGCUGCGGUGGUCGGAGCAGGAGGUGCGCUCCACCAUGGAUAUUAACGUCAAUGGGAACAUUUGGAUGAUCCAAGCCUUCCUCCCCACUAUGCUCGAGCGCAACUACGGCCACAUCGUAGCCAUGUCGUCUAUGGCUGGCAUGAUGCCCGUACCCAACCUGGUUCCCUACUGCGGCUCCAAAUUCGCUGUCCGAGCCAUCAUGGACACACUAGCACUGGAGCUUCAGAGCCAGCCGAGGGAUGCCAGUGGAUUAAAGUUCACCACCAUCUGCCCCUUCGUGGUAAACACGGGUCUCUGCCACCGGCCGAAGUCUCGCUUCCCCGCGCUCAUCAAAACCGUAGAGACUGCUGAUGCUGCUGACAAAAUCGUGGAUGCUGUACGACGAGAGAUUAGAGAAAUAUCCAUACCUGGGGACCUGCAUUACCUUGUCAGGUACUUCAUGUGGUUAGUGCCAUUCCCUGUCGUCAAGAUCGUCAACUCGUUCAUAGACGCUGGCGUCAACCCACACGACUAGAAGAGUAA